CAACUAUUGGGAUCGAUCACCGGAAGAUGGAGACGCAAGAGGAGAAAAGCGGCGGCGAGCAGAACACAAAUAGUCAAGAGGGGAAUGAAACCCGUAACGGAGAAGAAGAAAGAUGUGAUGAAGAAGAAGAUGGCGGCGAUCAGAUUCCAUCCAUGGCGCUGAACCACGUGACGAGGCUGUGCAGGUGCGUGAAGGAGUCGGUGAAAUUCUACACGAAGGUGCUGGGGCUGGUGGAGAUGGAGCGGCCGCCGGCGUUCGACUUCGACGGCGCGUGGCUCUUCAACUACGGCGUCGGGGUUCAUUUGGUGCAAGCUAAGGAUAACAAAGAUGGGCUUCCCAAUCAUAGGACAGAUCAAAAUCAGCUUGAUCCCAUGGACAACCACAUCUCUUUCCAAUGUGAGGACAUGGAGGCGGUGGAGAGGCGGUUGAAGGAGCAUGGAGUAGAAUACAAGAAGAGAACGGUGGGGGAAGGUGGCGCCGCAGCCUCCAUCGACCAGUUGUUCUUCAAGGACCCGGACGGCUUCAUGAUUGAGAUCUGCAACUGUGAGAAUGUCACUCUUGUUCCUCAAGCAUCUCCCCACAAGAUCAAGCUCCCCUCCAAUCGUCACAAUCCACCUCUUCUCUCCAAAAAAUGAUUUUCAGUUCUCAUCCUUAAUUGAUUACGUGUUCCUUUUUAUAUUAAAAUGUAAGGAGUAAAUUAUUAGAGCCACUGUCUAUAUGUUAUGACGAAUACAACGUUUGUUUUUUUAAUCGGCUAGGCCCACUGUCUGUAUAUUAAGACGAAUACAACGUUUGUUUUUUAACGGGUUUUCAUUAAAUAAUACCGAGUAUAUACUA